CGUUGACUUCAUAAUUAUUUACAUUGUCUUUUCUGGAGAACCUGAACAACUGCUGGAUAUAUUCGACGAUGUUCUGAACAGUGUUCUAGAAGCCUUGAGUACGAUUUCAAACGAUGUUGGACCGGUAACAAUGACUUCAGGCUUCUGUGAGAACGAGCCAUGUCAGAACGGAGCUAUGUGCAUCGAUGCCGAAGACUUUUCAGACUUCACGUGCUCCUGUACCGCCGGAUUCACGGGCAGAUCAUGUUUAAGAAAUAUUGAUGAAUGCGAAGGAGUGACGUGUGCUAACGAUGGCACAUGCCUGGACGGGAUUAAUGAUUUCACUUGCGUCUGUCCACCUGGAUGGGGAGGAGAUCUGUGUGAUACAGAUACGGACGAAUGCCUGAACGACCCCUGUGGUAACCAAGGAACAUGUGCCAAUAAUGAGGGCUCCUUCUCAUGCAACUGUGCGCCGGGUUACGAAGGUUUUUUGUGCGACAUCGAUGUGGACGAAUGUGCAACUAAUCCUUGUGAAAAUGAGGGAACCUGUCAGAACGGGGAAGGCUCAUAUACAUGCCAGUGUAUUAGAGGAAGGGAAGGCCAGAAUUGUGAAAUUGAUAUCAAUGAAUGUGAAACAACUCCUUGCCAGAAUUCAGGUUUCUGUAUCAACAACGACGGUUCUUUCACAUGUGACUGUAGGCUCACGGGACAUGAAGGGCCCAUCUGUGAAAAUGAUAUUGACGAAUGCGAAGGAGUGACGUGUGCUAACGAUGGCACAUGCCAGGACGGGAUUAAUGAGUUCACUUGCGUCUGUCCACCCGGAUGGGGAGGAGAUCUAUGUGAUACAGGAACAACACCGGGAACAACCCCUGGCACAACACCUGGAACAACUCCGGGAACCACACCAGUAACUACACCAGGCACAACACCAGCUAGCACAUUAUGGAACAACACUUGGAACAACCCCCGGAACAACACCUGGAACAACGCCUGGAACAACACCCGGAACAACCCCUGGAACAACUUCGGGAACCACACCAGGUACUACACCAGGCACAACACCAGGAACAACACUUGGAACAACCCCCGGAACGACGCCUGGAACAACGCCAGGAACAACACCCGGAACAACCCCUGGAACAACUGCUGUAACAACGCCAGCUACAUCAUCUGGAACAACACCAGGAACAACUCCGGGAACCACACCAGGUACUACACCAGGCACAACACCAGAACAACGCCUGUAACAACACCCGGAACAACCCCUGGAACAACACCGGGAACCACACCAGGUACUACACCAAGCACAACAACAGGUACUGCACCAGGCACAACAACAGGAACAACACUUGGAACAACCCCCGGAACAACACCUGGAACAACGCCUGGAACAACACCCGGAACAACCCCUGGAACAACUUCGGGAACCACUCCAGGUACUAGACCAGGCGCAACACCAGGAACAACACUGGGAACAACCCCUGGCACAACACCUGGAACAACUCCGGGAACCACACCUGGUAUUACACCAGGCACAAUACCAGAUGUAAACGAAUGCCCCUCAGAUAACCCUUGCAUGAAUGGAGCGAAUUGUAUCAACCAUAAUGGAACAUAUGAAUGCAAUUGUGCAGCAGGAUAUCAGGGCAUCAAUUGUGGAAAUGCUUUAGAUGCCCAAACCAUCGCUGUUAUAGUAAAGAUGCAUGGAAAAUACGGUCCUGAGUUCAUUCAAGAAGGCACCCCAGAAAAUAUGGAAAUGAAAACAAACAUUACAACAGCUAUGAAUUCCGUUUUAGCAGGAGAAGGGACAUCCCACGGAUUUGUUGGAGCAAAUGUGAAUACGUUAAGCGUAGGCAGUCUGAUUGCGUUUGUUGAUCUUCUGUUUGACCCAACUGUCGUUGUAUCACCUGGUUCCAUUGUGGCUCUACUUCGCUCUGGUAUCGACACGAACGAUGUAUUCAUAGCUAUGGCUGUAUUCAGUGUUUCGUUAGAAAAUGUUGAAUGUGGUUACCGGCCGGCAAGUCCAACAACGAGUUCAAGAAUCAUCGGUGGAUCAUUGACCCAGCUGGGAGACUGGCCUUGGAUGGUUUCUCUUCGAGACAGCAACAAUGUUCAUCGAUGUGCAGCCGUGGUCGUCAACAGAACAGUAGCUGUUACCGCAGCCCAUUGCGUGGAUAUCUUUGAAACUGCUGUGCUUGGUGACCUGAAACUGUCAAGGCCUUCACCGUAUCAUUUGGAAAUUGGAGUGCAGUCCAUUUCCCAUCCAAACUACGACAGCCAGCUAAUAGAUAACGAUAUUGCACUGAUUGUGUUUGAUAAACCCCUCGAAUUUAAUAAUGAUUACACAAGACCGAUAUGCUUGUCUCCACAAGAAGAUCCUUCUACCUACACAAGGUGUUAUGUCUCUGGUUGGGGAUUAACUGAAGAAGGAGGGCACGUGUCAGACACCAUGCAAGAGGCCACAGUACGAAUCUUCAGCCAGGAGGAGUGUGCACGCUUUUACCAUGAUCGAGAAAUCACAUCCGGCAUGAUCUGCGCAGGUCACCAAUCAGGAGAUAUGGAUACUUGUCAGGUAGAGAUAAACGACAAAUUGAAUUGCAUGGGCCUCGUGAUCUCGGGGAUCUCCCCCACUUUUACCAGCUCUAUAGCACUCCUGAAUCUUAUGUUAUUUACUUUAUUUUAUUAAUGUAUAAAAGAUUACCAGCAGCACAGGAUGAAACAGUUGACAAAGAAUCAAUUAAUCAAUAAAUCAAAUCAAAUCAAAUAUACAAUAUAUUAAUGCUUGUUGACGAUAAUAUUAUCAGUAUACAAAAAAUAUACAAAAGCAGCUGGUAGGAUAUUAAAAGUUACAACCCUAUACGAAAAAAAUACAAAGAAUGAUUUGUUACACAGUA